CGGCUCUUUCCACGCUGACAGAACCCUCAAGCAGUCAGACGUUACAAAGUGCUGAAAAAGUGUUUGUUCUUAGUCCGUGAGAGUGAUAAUGAUACUUAAAAUCUUCUGACAAUGGGUGAAAGUUCCAUGUCGCGAACCACAGGUUCCGUGGUGCUACAAGUGGGGGCACUAGAGCUGCUAGCCAGAUAUUCCAUGAACAAUGGUCGAGCGACCAGCGUGUUGUCAUCAUUACACGAGUUCAGAGUACAGGAGGCUGAGCAGGUUGGCGGCAAGCAGUGGAACUGGAAGUACUUGAGGGAUCAAUUCGACCAAAAAGACUUAGAAGGACUAUAUAGAAAAUAUGACGACAAAUUAAGGGAGUCGCUCAUCUACAUUUACAUAUCGUUGUUAGUGUUUUUCUCAACGACACAUAUCGGUUUAGUAAUUAUUAGUACGUACUCAGAGCAGGUGUUAUGGAAAUCGACGUAUUUAUCAUUUGCCAUGUACAUAUUACGGAUUGCGGUGCCCAUGCUGUUUCUGUGCAAAUGUUUCUACAACCCACUGAAGCAAAAGUGGUUCUGGAUUCCCAUUUUUGUGACGUUCGUCAUUACACUUGACCUCGUGUUCAGCGACAUCGCAGUACCAUUAUUCAGCCACUACGAAGGAAUGUCACUACGACCCGCCUACUCCACAAUGGCACUACUCUCGAUAUACAUAUUUCUGCCAAUGAGGAACAAUUUCCUUGCCAUAUUCCUUGGAGUUCUAGUCAGCGUGAUAUACGUUCUUAUCUUCGCGUUUGUCACUUAUAUUGAGGAUCCACGGAUAGAAGUCGUGGUGGCUUCAGAUACGCUAUACCUUAUCGGCGUGAACCUGAUGGGUGUGUACUUCAGACUGAUGAACGAGAUAGUGACGAGGAGGUCGUUCCUGGAUCGGAGGGCUUGCGUUGAGAGUACGCUGCGGCUGAAGUUCGUCAAAGAUCAGGAAGAGCGGCUCAUGUUGAGCAUCAUUCCGGAGCACAUAGUGUCGAGAGUUCGACAAGAUAUUCGUGCCAUGUUUCUUGGGAUACAGUCUCAUACGCUAAGCUACGCUAUGAGAUCAUUCAACCAACUGUACGUAGAAGAGCACGACAACGUGAGCAUUCUUUACGCGGACGUCGUGAAUUACACCAUGAUAUCAACCACUCUAUCGCCCAUGCGGAUGGUGGAACUGCUGAAUGAGUUGUUCGGCAGGUUCGAUGAGGCGUCUGAGGAGUUUGAUGUGCUGCGCAUAAAGUUCUUAGGCGACUGCUACUACUGCGUUAGUGGCAUCCCGAAACCCACUACCCUGCACGCCAAGAACUGUGUGGACUUGGGCCUCGACAUGAUCCAUAUUAUUAAGGACGUUCGAGAGAAGCGGUCAUUGAACAUCGACAUGAGAAUCGGAGUACAUUCCGGACGCAUUCUAAGUGGACUGAUAGGCAUGAGAAAGUGGCAAUUCGAUAUCUGGUCUAAAGAUGCCACUAUAGCUAAUAAGAUGGAAUCUACAGGGAAAGCAGGAAAAGUUCACGUGACCAAGCAAACCCUGGAAUUAUUGAUAGACUACGCUAGAGAAUAUAUAAUCGAACCAAAUUUUGAAUCUCAAAACCAUCCGUUUAUUUUAGAAAAUAAAUUAGAAACAUUUUUACUCUCCAGGCCAGACAGACCUAUUACAGAAUAUAAGCCGUACCGUAGAGCAUCAGUUGGAUUCAGCAAAAUGAUUAAAAAACGACGGUCGGAAAAUAAAAAUCAAUCAAAUUAUCGGAGAACCACAACUUUUAUGGACGAAAAUUUGGUAGAAUAUCAGCAGAUGUUGAAAGCAGCCGACGCUCAAAUGGCAAAGGAAAUCGAAGAUAUGACCAAUGGAAAGGAACAUUUCAAAAAGGAAUCUAAGCUGAACAGAUUUACGUUGAUGUUCGAAAACUAUCAACUUGAAAAGACGUUUUUGUUAUUACCGGACCCACUUUUCAAGUAUUACAUCACAUGCUGUCUCAUCAUAUCUUUGCUGAUAGCAUUUAUAAAUGCUUUGACUACCGACUGGUAUUGCUGUUUUCUCUGGUACACAUUUGUCGCCGUUCUUUUUCUUAUAGUGGGCCUUGUAAUUAUGCAACCACUAACUUGGUUUCAAUUUUUCUGGCACAAAUAUAAAGGAUUGGAGCAACCUCGAAAUCGCUUCCUACGGAGGAUAUACGACAUAUCAGAGAGUAUUACCAGAUCAGCUAAACUAAGGACGGCCAUAUACUUGCUUAUUAGUAUCUCACUAGCGGCAACUUCUAUGGUCAGUGUGAUCGAAUGUAUAGAAGUUAAAACCGAUGAUCCUGACAUUCAAGCAGUCACAGUUUUGUCGAACUGUUAUUCUUCGUGGCACGUGACACAAUGUUGGGGUUUAGCUUUACUACUAAACUUUUUGUUUAGCAGAGUAUUUUUUAUUUUUAAAUGGAUCGUUGCUGGUGGAAUGACCAUAUUUUACCUAUGGGUAGUGUGGGAAAUAAAAACCUCAUUUUUCGCAGAAGAUGCCACGUUUAAUGUGGGAUUGGAUCCCCGUGUGUCUCAUACGCUAUCCGUUGUCUUUAUAACGAUCACGCUGUAUUUCAUUGAUAGAACCACUGAAUAUAGAAACAGAUUAGAUCACUUGUGGCAGUUGCAGCUUACAGAAGAACAACAAGAAGCUGAGACUAUGUUGAAAGUUAACAAUAUGCUUUUAGAAAACAUUUUGCCGGCACACGUAGUACAAGUAUACUUGGAUUUAAAUAGAUCUAUAGACGAACUGUACUACGAAAAAUACGACAAUGUGGCGGUAAUGUUUGCGUCUCUGACAGACUACAAAUUGGGUAUUGAAGAAAACCCAGACGAUAAAUUAAUGUUGAGUAUACUGGACGAAGUAAUAUCAGAUUUCGACAGACUUCUUCUGACGGGCACAUCGGUGUACAAAGUGGAAAAGAUUAAAAUGGCUGGUUGGACGUAUAUGGCCGCCUGCGGGUUGGACCCUAAUAGAAGAGAAUCAAUAGAUUCCGAAUUUAAUCAUGACCGCCGACAAAACACUCCUUACAACCGUGCGAUAGUAAUCACGAUGGUAGAAUUUGCUGCUGCUAUGAUGAUGCAACUACAUAAUUUUAAUCGCGGAUCAUUCCAAUGUUUCGAAGGACUAAAUCUACGCAUUGGAAUUUCUAACGGAGAAGUUGCAGCUGGAGUAGUUGGUUCUAUUAAACCAUUAUAUGAUAUUUGGGGACAUGCCGUUAAUAUGGCUUCGCGGAUGGAUUCAACUGGUUUAACUGGUAAAAUCCAGGUGACAGAAGAAACGGCAAUGAUCCUGGAAGAGUGUGGAAUAGUAACAAUGUAUCGUGGGGAAACAUUUGUCAAAGGAGCUGGCUACAUCAAGACAUUUUUCGUCCCACUCGACGAAAAUUAUGAUUUAGUUAAAAGAGACAUGUGUAAUUACAGAAACCGACAUUAUAGUGUACGUAACAUUACCUCAUCCGAGUCAGACUAUGAUCCAGAUUUUCCUCUUUAUAAUAAUAGACUAUCAGGUAAUAGUGGAAGGCAGAUGUCAGUAAACAGUGAAAAACAGAGUUCAGUACAUAGUGUUGGCAACUGUGAAGCAUUGUCUAUGAGCGAAGACUUAGAAGAUGAAAACGACACCGAAGUUCUAACUGGCGUAACAUCAAGUAAUUCUAUUAGUGAUGAUUUCAUAUCAAUGUCGUCUUCAGCGCACAGUGAUACAUACGAGUAUAUAGACUCCGAAAAUGAAGUUAUGGAAACUCGUUGUUGAUAUUUUGUAGUAAUCUCGGGAAAGUGUACUGUCCUAGUUUAUGUAUGCGAUCCAAAAGGAUCUACCAUAUGGAAAAAACGGGUCUUCGAUUAGAAAAGUAGAAUGUCUCGUGUAACCAUUGAUUGUGCCUUUUAUAUGUUUAGUUGUAGACUAGUUCCUAAUUUAAAAUAUUGAAAAUAUAGAAAUGAAU